AAAUAAGAUAACAGUUUCCAUUUCCUGCCCUCCAUGAGCUUCUGCUAGCUGGGUCCCACCUCUAGGCCUGUCUGAUUGGGUGGAGGAGAGGCCUUUGCAAGAGGCUUGAAAUAGAUACAACGCAGCAGCCGGAGGUUCCUUAAAGGGGCUGUGUCUCUUGGGUUUUGUGACAGCUUCCCCACAGGUGAUGACAUAUGUCAAAACUGUAGAAGCUACUAGAAAGGAUCUCCUGCUGGUGAGCAAUGUCUCGCCGUGAAAAUGUCCUCUUGUGAAUGAGACACGCUUCUUGCAGAAGUCUACCCCGGUCACCCGGUUGCAUUCAUCACUAAGCUUAGCUGAGGGCUGGCGUGUGCUUUCAGGCUCUUGAAUAUUUGAUGUGAUUCUCUAAUUGACUGUGGAGCGUUUCCUACAGAUACUUCUCUAACCUGCUGGAUCAGUUUUGCCGGACAUUCGACACUAGGAGCGUCAGGCCCUCGUGGGCUGUUAGUAGAUUUCUAUCUGACGUUUUGUCAUCAGAACUUCGUCUCGGUUAUUCAUCGGUUGCCUGCGAACCUGAAGCCUGCCUUGUAACUUGUCCAGACAGCAAUGUUCCUUCUGAGAUGGAGACUACGGAGCAACCUGAGAGUUCUGCCACGCAUGUUUGCUUCCCCUGCUGUGAAAAAGCAUGUCCCACGCCGUCACUUUGGGGAGCACAAGUCUGGCACAUCUGAUGGGAUGUCCCAAGCCAACAAAGAGGCAACUGCAAGCAGCACUGUGCUACAUCACCUGACUAACCAUCUGUUCUACACAAUAUCUGAGGGACAGGAAGAGCUUCCAGUCAACAAGUUUAUUAAUACCCUUAAUGAAAAUGGACUGCUUGCAACGGACCCCAGGCUGAAGGACUGUAUGGACAUGCUGCAUCACACAGUACAGGAAUCAAUGAUGGGAGCGUCAAUGAACCUAGAAAUCUUUCAAAGGUGUGUUCAGAGUAACAUUGUUCUCCUGACCCAGGUUAUGUGUAAGAAGCUUGUUAUUCCAGACUUUGAGAAGUUCACACUACAGAUAAAACGGCUGUAUGAGACCACCCGCGGCAUAAAGGAAGGGGAGGUGGCAAACUAUAUUCCACAACUUGCCAAAAUGAGCCCUGACCACUGGGGAGUGUCUCUCUGCACAGUGGAUGGACAGAGGUACUCACUAGGAGACACGGAUGUCCCCUUAUGCUUGCAAUCAUGUGUGAAGCCACUAAAGUAUGCCAUCGCUGUGAAUGACCUGGGAACAGAUUAUGUCCAUCAGUUUGUGGGCAAGGAGCCUAGUGGCCUUCGCUUUAACAAACUCUCACUGAACCACCAAGAAAAGCCACACAACCCCAUGGUGAAUGCAGGAGCGAUUGUCAGUUGUUCAUUGAUUAAACAAGAGGCUAACAAGGCAGAAAAGUUUGAUUAUGUCAUGCAGUUUUUGAAAAGGAUGUCAGGAAACGAAUUCAUUGGCUUCAGCAAUGCAACCUUUCAAUCAGAAAAGGAGACUGGUGACCGGAACUAUGCGAUUGGAUAUUACCUCAAAGAGAAAAAGUGUUUUCCAGGAGGAACGGACAUGGCAUCUGCUCUGGAUCUUUACUUUCAGUUGUGCUCCAUUGAGGUGACAUGUCAGUCGGGGAGUGUGAUAGCUGCCACUCUGGCUAAUGGUGGCAUCUGUCCCAUCACAGGAGAGCGGGUCCUGAGCGCCGAAGCAGUAAGAAACACUCUGAGUCUAAUGCAUUCUUGUGGAAUGUAUGACUUCUCUGGACAAUUCGCCUUUCAUGUUGGCCUCCCUGGUAAAUCCGGUGUGUCUGGAGCCAUAUUAUUGAUCGUUCCUAACAUUAUGGGAGUUUUCUGUUGGUCCCCUCCUCUCGACAGAAUUGGCAACAGUGUACGAGGAAUUCAUUUCUGCCAUGAACUGGUCUCACUCUUCAAUUUCCAUCAUUAUGACAACUUGCGUCAUUGUGUAAAGAAGGUGGAUCCACGUAAAGAGAUAAGAGAAACGCAGCACAAGACUGUGGUGAACCUUCUAUUCGCAGCUUAUAGCGGUGAUGUCUCUGCUCUGAGAAGAUUUGCACUUUCUGGAAUGAACAUGGAGCAAAAAGAUUAUGACUCCAGGACAGCUCUACAUAUUGCAGCGGCAGAAGGACAUCUAGAUGUGGUCAAAUUCCUGAUAGAAGGCUGUAAAGUUAACCCAUUUGGAGAGGACAGGUGGGGAAAUGUCCCCCUACAAGAUGCUAUAAGUUUUGAGAGACAUGAUAUAGUGAAAUUACUGAGUGAAUACCAAGAAACCUAUGUAAAGAGACAGAUGGGGGCGGAAAGUUCAGAGGAUCCAAUAUCUUUGGAGAAUUUGGAGAGCAUGGUGUAGCUGAUCUUCACCACAGGGCUUCAGCACAUUUGGUUACACAACCAGCGAAUUCUGCACUAACCUUUUACCCAAGGAUCAGCAAAAUCUACUCAAUAUCAUUGCGCGGUAGUGGAGUCCUAUGAUACAAAGUAAGAAUCCCUCUCCAGGCAAACUCCACAAGGCAUCCCUCGUCCAUUAUUGAUGUCGCAGAGGGAGGAUACAAAUUUAUGCAAUUUAGGCAAUGCUCUGUGAGCUAUGUAUUCUCGGGCUGAUUACAUGAUUUUACCUAAAGUGAUACACUGUAGCAAACCCUCAGGACAAGGAGAGACAUUUAUGUUGCUGACAUGUUGUGAUCUUAAAACUACAUCACAGUGGCAUACAUUUUUAGUACAUAUUGAUCUAAGGAAAUCCAUGACGGUGAUAGACCCAUUUAAUUUAAUUUAGACAGCUGUAUGCCUCAUGCAUAUGACCUUAACUGUGGAUCCGCAAAAUACAGAUACCAUCCAUGUGCCAUCUGCAUUUAUUUAAUUUUUUUGCAGACCCUUUGACUUCAAUCGGUCUGUGUACUGCAUUUUGCGGACCAGAAUAGAAGAUGUUCUGUAACUUGAAAGAUGGGCAUACGGAUGUGGACAGAACACAGGUGUCAUCCGUCUUCUGUCCACAUCUGUAUGUCCAUUCUUCAAAUUAUAGAACGUGUCCUAUUGUGGUCCACAGACCCGUUGAAGUCAAAGGGUCUGCAGAUGACACACGGAUGCUAUCAGUAUUUUGCAGGUCCACAGUUUGCAGAUUGCAAAACUGAUAUGGUGGUGUGCAAGAGGCCUUACAUGCAUAUCGCAAAGCCUAUUUGGGACCACAUGGGGGCUUGCACAACUCUGUUCCAAGAUGCCAAUCAAAAUGGAGAACUGUUUGCACAUUGCUGUUUUGUGGCACCCAUGGUGGUUUGGCGCUCCUGUAUAGCGGCAUUGGCUGACUUGUUUGUUUCUGAUCAUUGCCUGCCCAUCAGAGGAGGGGAGAGCUGAAUUUGUACAAGUAACUAGCAUCUAUUCUGUAUAGGGAUGAGGGAUCACUACUGCAACUGCUCGUCCCCAUAGAGAAUCCUUGUUUCUGAGCAGCAGAUCACCCUUUACACAGCACAAUCUGCUGCUCAGAAAUGAUGAUUUUUGGUGUCUGCGGCACUGAUGCUUUCACCUGAUAACCGAGUAUUUGAUCAUUUAUUGGCAGUUAUCGUAGGAUGGACCUUCACCAUAAUUGCCCCAAUUGUAAGCCUGGAUAAAUGGGCCCUAAAUCAAAGGAGUCUCUUACUUUCAUACUAGCGUUAAUAUUUUCCGGUACUGAGAUCCGUCAUAGGGCUUCUCUUUUGUCUCCAUUCAUUGUCAAUGGGGACAAAACAUAACGGAACGGAAUGCUCAAAAAUGCAUUCCGUUCUCAUACCGGAGAGCAAAUUGCAGCAUGCUGUGGAUGUGGCGCAAAACAAAAGAUCCAUUUUCGAUUGUGUCAGAGAAAACGGAUCCGUCCCCAUUGACUUUCAAUGGAGUUCAUGACGGAUCCAUCUUGGCUAUGUUAACGAUAAUACAACCGGAUCCAUUCAUAACGGAUGCAGAUGGUUGUAUUAUCAGUAACGGAAGCGUUUUUGCUGAACCCUGCCGGAUCCAGCAAAAACGCUAGUGUGAAACUAGCCUUAUUGUGCAGUUCCCAAAAAUAUGUUGCCAUAGGCUACGCCGCAACAAAAUUAGAGUUACCUUAGUUGUAGUAACAUUUGUUAAUAAAAAAGUAUUUAGUCCUGUCAAACCCGUUUAGUUGAAAUAUGGAACAUUUGUUGCAGAAGCUUCACCAAUAAUCUAGAGCAAAGCACAAAGGCCGUGAAGGAGAUCUUUUAAAUAUGGUCCUGAAAUAAAUGUAAAAACAAUUUGCAGUGGAUGGUAGAAAACAAAAAGAAAAAAAGCAACACCAAACUGUACACAAAAAAGAGAGCAAGGGUGCAAACCUCAGGAUCUAGUAGUGUCUUCAACAGCUAAAAACAGAAGAUGGCAGCGAUCCAGAAAUGGUGUCCAUGAAGCAAAGCUUGUAUGUUAUUCACCGUAUAAGUUUCAUCACCAGUGUACAGAAAAAUGUAUACUGCAUAAGCAAAGUAUAAUAGACUAUGCUUUCCUAUACAGUGGUAUAUGCCUGAUGCAUAACAGCCAGUCCUAGGCCAAAGGAACACACUGGGUGCAUGAGGACACCGCCGAGAUGGUGCAUAUAGCAGCGUGACCCCUACUAGAGACACUUGUCACUGCAGUCUCCUCUGAACGUUAAAGGGUUUGUUCUACAAUGAAAUCUUACAUUUCUUAGGCUACUUUCACACUUGUGGCAGAGUGAUCCGGCAAGCAGUUCCAUUGCAAGAACGGAGAAACAGAUCCGUUAUAUAUAUUUUUUUCACCUUUUUACGGGUCUGUGCACGCGCAGACCGGAAGGACUGAUCUGGCAUUGCGGUAUUUUUAAUGCUGGAUCAGGCACUAAUACAUUCCAAUGUAAAUUAAUGC